AGGGGGGACCCGAGGAGCCAGGGGCUGGGGAGGAAGCUGCAAACUAUGGAGAAGGGGUCAGCGUCAGAGCUGUAACUGGGUGGGCGGUAGAGGCAGAGGUCUGGGUGUGGGUGAUGGCAGUUGACACCUUGUGCCUUUGAGGGCUUGGGGUGGGGGGCGGCAGAAUUUGAGUAAAAUAAGCAGGAGCACAGAGCUAAGGGAGGAGGGUGGAAACAAAAAUCGGAGAGGAUGGGCACUCGCUCCACGCGGGCUGUGAGAGGGCGCUGGCCCAAUGCAGCCUUGUAAGAGAAGGUUCCAGAGGCCCGAGCGCGGGUGGAAGACUUCAGAACCAGUGGAGAAGGGUGACCGCACACACGGGUUAGAGGGAGGGGAGGAGGCGCGGGCGCGCUGGGUGUCUCCCUUUCUACACUCAGGGCCGCCAGCUCAGCCCGGCACCUUGCGGCCCACGCGUCUGGGCGCAAAGAGGGCCCCCAAAGUUCUCCACUGAGACAGAGAAAGACUGCACGAGACGGAGACGUAGAGAGAAAGGAGGAGGAGGAGGAAGAAAGACACAGAGAGGGGAGGAGGGAGGACAAGAGUGAGAGAGGAGAAAGCAGAAGACCCGGGAGAGAGAGGAGAUGCUGAAGCCGCUCGUGGAGAAGCGGCGCCGGGACCGCAUCAACCGCAGCCUGGAAGAACUAAGGCUGCUGCUGCUGGAGCGGACCCGGGACCAGAACCUCCGGAACCCGAAGCUGGAGAAAGCAGAGAUACUGGAGUUCGCCGUGGGCUACUUGAGGGAGCGAAGCCGGGUGGAGCCCCCGGGGGUUCCCCGAUCCCCAGCCCAGGACGCCGAGGCGCUCGCCAGCUGCUACUUGUCGGGAUUCCGCGAGUGCCUGCUCCGCUUGGCGGCCUUCGCGCAAGACGCCAGCCCGGCCGCGCGCGCCCAGCUCUUCUCCGCGCUGCACGGUUACCUGCGCCCCAAGCCGCCCCGGCCGGAACCGGGAGAGCCCAGGCCCCCCGCGCCGCGCCUACCGCUGGACCCCGCCGCCCCAGCGCCCGGCCCCGCGCUCCACCAGCGCCCCCCAGUUCACAAGGGCCCCCCCAGCCCGCGCUGCGCGCGGUCCCCGUCCCCCUGCUCCCCCCGAGCCGGUGAUUCCGGCGCGCCGGCCCCCCUCACCGGACUGCUGCCGCCGCCGCCGCCUCACAGACAAGACGGGGCGCCCAAGGCCCCGCCGCCCCCGCCGCCCGCUUUCUGGAGACCUUGGCCCUGAGCUUUGAGGGGGCGGUGGGGGCGGGGGCUGGGGGGAGGGGUAGAGACUCCAGCCCGAGGGCAGCAGAGGGACCCGGGUGUCCGGGUGAGGUGUUGGGGAGGGCGGCGGGGCGCGCGGGCGCCGCGCGCGGGUGAGAUGUGGUUUAUAUUAGAGUAUCUAUAUAAAUAUAUAUUUCCCUGGUUCCUGUCCCUUCACCCUGCCCCCCACCCCCUGGCGUCUAGGAUUGUACCCUCUGCCCCCAGCCCAGCCCCAGUCCCUUCCCGAGUCCCUAGUGCAUGGAAUAAAGUGGUUAUCAAAUCCCCGUGUGUCCCCGAGCCAGGGGCCUGCCUUUAUCUCGGCGUCCACGCCCACUUUCCCUCCCCUUCUGUUUCCCGCCCCCAGUCCUGCUCUCCUCGGCCCGAGCCCCGGGGCAGACAGGUAAGUAAAGAAGAGAGCAGAGCGGAGGCUGAGGUGGGAACUAAAACCAGCUGAAAAACACUGAGAUAGGGUAGGGGGAGAAGGGUGGGAGCCUUUUAAGAAAAAGCCGGAUAAAGAGGAAAAGAAAAAAAGAACAAUAAUAAAAUAAAAUCGACUCUGGUGGGAUUCGAACCCACAACCUUUGAAUCGCUCUUUCGUCACUAGAAGUCCAAUGCGCUAUCCAUUGCGCCACAGAGCCACCUGGCGGGCGGCAGCGUCUGACGGCUUACGGGUACUAGAAUGGGAAGCGGGCGGGGGGAGGGGGAGGGUUUUGAGGGAAUUGGGCGGGGCGUGGCAGGAGCGCGCGGUUUGGACCUCAGAGGCCUCCAUGGAAGAGGUAGCGUGCGCAAAGCGUGUGAACGAAGUGGGAGUGAGGGCGCACAAGGGUGGAGGAAACAGCGCAACGGAAUAUGAGCCAACGAGCGAGUAUGGAGCUCGCUGGAGGUUUGGGAAAUGCUUCUAGUUCAGGCGCACCCCACUCCCGGAUGUGGCCCCAUCUCUAAGAAUAAACUUGUUUUG